CUGAAAGUGCAUACACUCGAUUGUAUCAAUCCUCAGACAAUUCUCAAAUGCAAAGAUUUAUCAGAACGAUCGAACAAAAUGAUAAUGUAGAAUUAAAAUUGGUAUUACUUGGAAUCUUCAUGACCAAAUUUCAUGCUAUGCGAGCUUCACGAGAAUUUAAUCAAGCAGAACAACGAGCAGCAGAUUUUAUGAUAAACGAAGUUAACAAAAUUUAUUUACCAAUUGCUGCUUAUAAACAAAUGAUUGAAGAAAUUAUGAACAAUAGACAUAAUUUAUAUAGUAUUGACACUAAUAUUACUAGCGGUGAACUAGUCAUGAAGUCAGUUCUUGUGCAUAUUGUGGGAUUACAUGCUUCCAUUUCUCAAAAUACAUCGCCAUUAGCUGCUUAUUUGCAAGAUGCACAAACAUGUCAGUCACAUUAUAUUAUUGCUUGUCAGUCCGAUUACGAAACUGUUUUGUUUAAUGCUGUUGCACAAGGUGGAGUAGUAAGGUAUAAAUGCGAUUGUGGAUUUAAAUACGUAAUUGGUGAUUGCGGUAGAGCUUGGGUGAAAGCAAAAUGUCCAGAAUGUGGAAAUGUUAUAGGUGGAUCUAAGCAUAUGUUGGCUGGAGGAAAUGUUCAGCUUGAUCAAGUAAAGUCUACCGAUUUCAAAGCACAAGAUCAAACAGGAUAUAUUGAAGAAGAACCGAAUGACCAGCCAAAUUAUUCAAUUCGAUCAAUGAUUCCAGUUUCAUAUCGAAUUAUACAUCUGUUCGUUCACACUCUUAUUGCAGCUUCAGCAACAAAAGCGAGCACAACAUUAUUCACACAAACUGAGAAAAAAUACAGUGAUAUAAUUCAAUAUUGUUUGGAACAUAUUAGGUGCGAUUGGAAUAUUCUGAAAAAAGUUCUUGAUGUUUCAGAUGAGAAUUUGGCACUAUUGAUUCAUUCAAUACUAAGCACUAUGGCCAAAGAACAAUUUCCUCAACAAAAAGCUGUGCUUAAAACAUCAGAAGAAAGAGAAGAUUGGAUUGAACG